AUGGCGCAGGCUCUGGAUUGGCAUGUCCCCUUAACCCUCUGCCUAUAUGCUUUACCCUCUGAGAAGGGCCACGACCUGAGGAAGGCCAGGAAAUACAGAAAAGAGAAUCAGGUAUGUCAUCUUAAUUUUUAUCAGCUGUUGCUAAGCCAAGGACAGCGUGGAUUCAUCAUGGCAGAAUAUUUUGAUGAGGGAAGUGUGGACACUGGAACUUUGGCUUAUUCGUCCUUUGGUGACUCAGACAGAAGAAAGAAAUCUCAUAUUUCACUCCUUAACACUGGAAUUAGUGCUUCAGGAGAGGCUGAAGACAGGUGGAGAGAACCUCAAGACAUUAUUAGUUUAGAGUUAGAAGACACCCCUGCAGAGGAAACCAAUUCAGCAAGCGAUCUUGUCAACCUUGUCUCUGGUGGUAUGGAAUUUGGUGGCAUUGCUUCAAACCAAAAUGAAAUCGGUAGGGGUCCAUAUGGCCAGAGUGGAUUUGAUGUGGAUGAUGUAUACGGAUUAGCUGGCUCUGAUUCUGCUGCUAGUGACACAGGUGACACCAGUUUGAGAAGUGAGAAUAUAUUUGUUGGUGAUAGCUUUGGAAAUUUUGAAUCCAAUUUAGGGGCUUCUGAUCAACAGGGAUUUGGAAUCAAUGAAAUUGGAGGAGAUGCAAUGAGUGGCAGUGGAUUUGUUGGGGCUGGAUUCAAAGGCCUUGACUAUGAUGCCAGUAGCUCAGGUGGCUCAAGUUCAAGAAAUAGUGAAUAUUCUGAAUAUUCUGAUGGUGUCGCUGAAGAUUCAGGAUUCUAUUUGGGGUCUUCUUAUCAACGGGGAUUUGGACUCAGUGGAAUUGGAGGGAAUGGAGAUGAUAGCAGUGGAUAUGCUGGGGAUGGAUACUUGAGUCCUGGAUCUGAUGUCAGUGGCUCAGGAGGAUACAUUUGGUCUUCUGGUUCUGGAAGUGGUGGAGGAAGGAAGCGUGAAGCUGGUGUUGGUGUUGGUGCUUCUGAACCAAAUGAAUUUGAUGAAACUGGCCUUAGUGGUACAGGUGAAGCUUCAACUUGGGGCAAAGGAGCGUAUAAGGCUUUCAAUGGCCGGAUCUUUUCCUUUGAGUCUUCCUGCACGUACGCUUUCUGCCGUCACUGCGUUGACUCUGGAGGAGAUUUCAAUGUUGAGAUCAAACGAAAUGAUGAUAAUGAGAUUGAAAGAAUAACAGUUGUAAUCGACAGUAAUGACGUCUCUAUUUUGGGUGACGGCAUUUUAGUUAAUGGAGAGAGUGUACAGAUACCAUAUAACAAUAAGUUGAUUCACAUUAAAAAAUAUGGAGAACAUAAUGUCUUGAAUAGCCGUAGAGGAAUCCUGACUUUAAUGUGGGACAAAAAUAACAAACUCUCACUCACUCUUCACAAGCAAUAUUCAACUUGUGGUCUUUGUGGUAACUUCAACAGCACUCCAGGAGACAAUAUCAACGAACACAUUGCCAAUAGUAAAAUUCCGGGGGAUUGUCCCAAUGCUGUUAGUAAAAGCUACGAAGUUUGUGAAGAUGGAGUACAGCACUGUAACAAAAUUAUUGAAACCUACUUUGAGAAAUGUGGAAAGGUUACUGCUUUAUCCAGUGACUACAAAAUGAUUUGUGUUGAUGAGUACUGCCAAAAUGGAGGCAAAGAAUCUACAUGUGACACUUACUCAGAGUUGUCCCGCCUCUGUGCCUCAGAUGGUCCUGGCACCUAUGAAUACUGGCGAGAUGAUUCUGAUGUAGUUUGUGAAAAACCUAUAUGCCCAGAAAAACAUAUCUACAAAGAAUGUGGACCCUCAAAUCCUGCAACUUGUUCUAAUGUGGCUCCUUUUCAAGACAGUGAAUGUGUGAGUGGUUGCACCUGUCUGGAAGGUUAUCUACUGGAUGAUAUUGGAGAGAAAGGGAGAUGUGUAUUAAAGACUGAGUGUCCUUGUGAAUCCAAUGGAAAGGUGUAUCAGUCAGGAGAAGUCCGAGAGGGUCCCUGUGGUUCUCAGUGCACAUGCCAAGAAGCAAAGUGGUCUUGCACCGAAGCGUUAUGUCCUGGCAGAUGUAAGGUGGAAGGAAGUUCAAUUACCACCUUUGAUGGUGUUAAAUACAACCAUCCUGGAAACUGUCACUUCUUGGCCAUCCACGAUGAAGAUUGGUCUGUCAGUGUUGAGCUUCGUCCAUGUCCAAGUGGUCAGUCAGGAACGUGCUUAAAUAGUGUGACUCUUCUUUUGAAUUCGUCUGUUUCAGUUGACAAAUAUGUAUUCAAUAGAGAUGGAACAGUCACAAAUGACAAGAUUAGAAAUGAAAGUUAUUACUAUUCAGACAAAAUACAGAUCUUCAAAGCAUCUUCCUCAUACCUUCAAGUAGAAACUUACUUUCAUGUAAAAAUGCAAAUACAGAUUGUUCCUGUGAUGCAAUUGUAUGUUUCCAUGCCACCCAACCAAUUCACAGACACUGUAGGACUCUGUGGUUCCUACAACAACAGAGCAGAGGAUGAUUUCAUGUCAAGUCAGAAUAUAUUGGAGAAGACGUCUCAGGCAUUUGCUAAUUCUUGGGAAAUGAUGUCUUGUCCUAAAGGAAACCCCGCUUCAUGCAUCAGUAUAGAAACUGAAAAAUUUGCUGACAGCUACUGUGGAAUUCUUCUUGAUUCAGGCGGGCCUUUUGCUUCCUGCCAUGCAAUUGUGAACCCUAAAACAUAUCAUGAGGAAUGCAAAAAAUACACCUGUACUUGUGAAAACAGUCAAGAUUGCCUGUGUACAGUGUUAGGCAACUAUGUGAAAGCCUGUGCAGAGAAGGAAACAUACAUAGUGGGAUGGAGAGCCGGCCGAUGUGAUCACUCUUGUCCAAGUGGCCUAGUUUUCAAGUACAAUGUAAAAGCCUGCAAUAGUUCUUGCCGAUCAUUGUCAGAGAGAGAUAGGAGCUGUGAUGUAGAAGAUGUUCCAGUUGAUGGAUGCACUUGCCCUGAUGGAAUGUACCAGAAUAAUGAAGGAAAUUGUGUUGCAAAAUCUCAGUGUGACUGCUACAUAAAUGAUGAGGUCAUACAACCAGGAAAACUCAUUCAAAUUGAUGACAAUAAUUGUGUCUGUCGGGAUGGAAUUCUUCUUUGCCAGAUUCCCAUUAAUUUAACCCUGCAGAAUUGUUCGGGAGGGGCUGAGUAUGUUGACUGCAGUGAUCCUAAGGCACAGAGAAGAGUUGACAGCACAUGUAGCACUCGGAACAUACCUAGUUUUGAAGAAAACUUGCCUUGUAAACGUGGGUGCUACUGUCCAGUAGGAAUGGUUCGAAAUUCUAAAGGGAACUGUGUCUUUCCCGAUGACUGCCCAUGCUCUUUUGGUGGACGAGAAUAUGACCAAGGAAGUGUCACCUCAGUUGGCUGCAACAAAUGUACUUGCGUAAAAGGAUCCUGGAACUGUACACAAAAUGAGUGUCAGACCACCUGCCACAUCUAUGGGGAAGGUCAUGUUCAAACUUUUGAUGGAAAAAGUUACAGCUUUGAUGGUCUCUGCCAGUACACAUUUCUUGAGGAUUAUUGUGGUAGUCAAAAUGGCACAUUCCGUAUUUUAACUGAAAGUGUCCCAUGCUGUGAAGAUGGGCUUACAUGCUCAAGAAAAAUCGUAGUUGCUUUUCAGGAUCAGAAUAUUGUCUUGCAUGAUGGCAAAGUAACAGCAGCCAAAACUACAGAAAGCAAGGAAUGUGAACCGAAUGGAAAUACAUACUCUGUACACACCGUUGGCCUGUACUUGAUUGUGAAAUUUUUAAAUGGAAUAACCAUAAUUUGGGACAAAAAUACAAGAAUGUCUGUGAUAUUGGAUCCAAGCUGGAAUGGCAAAGUGUGUGGUCUUUGUGGAAAUAACAAUGGCGAUCUCAAGGAUGAUUUCACAACAAGAUAUUCAUCAGUAGCUACUGGGGCACUGGAAUUUGGAAAUAGUUGGAAAACAAGUCAAGAAUGUUCGGACACAGUAACUCAAACUUUCCCAUGUGACUCAAAUCCAUACUGUAAAGCCUGGGCUGUGCGGAAAUGUGAGAUCAUCCGGGACAGCACCUUCAGAGACUGCCACAACAAGGUGGAUCCCAACGCUUACUAUGAUGCGUGUAUCGAAGAAGCCUGUGCAUGUGACAUGGAAGGGAAGUACCUGGGAUUCUGCACAGCUGUGGCUAUGUACGCAGAGGCAUGCAGCGCAGUUGGAGUCUGUGUCACAUGGAGAAAACCAGAUCUCUGUCCUGUCUACUGUGAUUAUUAUAAUGCACCUGGGGAGUGCAGCUGGCGUUACGAACCUUGUGGUACAGUGGCUGCAAAAACAUGCAAAGAUGGAGUUAUUGGCCAGAAAUUUUCUGCAGUUUUAGAAGGUUGUUAUGCUAAGUGCCCGGACAGUGCUCCCUACCUGGAUGAGAACAUCAUGAAAUGCGUCAGUUUAUCUGAGUGCAGCUGCUUCUAUAAUGAUAUCAUACCAGCGGGCGGGGUGAUCCAAGAUAACUGUGGAAGAACAUGCUAUUGUAUUGCAGGAGAGUUGGAGUGCGGUGUUUCUACUACAACAGCCACCUCUGUAUUAAGCACCGAAGCAGGCAUUACUGGAACUCCAGUUCCCAUCACCUCAACAGCUGGAAGAGCAGGCACGACAGGAGUAGAGGGCCCCACCUUCUCAAGUCCUGGCCUCCUAGCAGGGACAACUGGAGUAUCAGCAAGUGCAACCACAAGAGCUGAAAAUGGAAGCACAAGUGACACAGGCUUCAGAACAGGUGAGACAAAGAAAUGA